AUGCUCACCGCUCGCCUGAGGGCGCUGGCACGGUCCAUGUCGACCGCCACGACGUCGGCGGCGUCGUACCCAUUCUCCAAGGCGGCCAUUCUCCCCACACCUCCGCCAGCACCCCCGUCAUUGGAAUCUCUCCGAAAGGGCAAGGGUCUCAUGCCCUAUCUUCAAACCGCACUUCCCCCCUCUCAGAAACAGCAAUGGCUGGCUACUCUCUUCUCGAAACGCCAUCCAGACCGACUCGUGCCGGGCUCGGUGCUAACAGUGACCACCGCUCACGCACCCAACUCCUUCUCCGGUGUACUUCUCUCGAUUCGGAGACGCGGGCCCGACACCUCUUUCGUCCUGCGGAACGUCAUCCAGAGAAUAGGCGUCGAGAUGCAGUUCUUUGUGAACUCGCCGCACUUGAAGGACAUUAAGAUCGUGAAGAGGGCCGGGAGCGGCGGAGGCAAGGCGGGCAGGCGGACACGCAGGGCGAAGUUGUUCUAUCUCCGAAACUCGCCGGAGAAGAUGACUGCUAUUGCCGGGGGUAUCAAGGCUUAA